UACGCUGCUCUCGAAAACUAUAGCCGGAGUGGUCACAAAUCCUCAAGGGUGAGGAACCUUGGGUGAAAGCCCCUAGCGAAAGCUCUACAGUUAAUCAGGAGAUUGAUUCACAUAUUAAGUGUUCGUCAAUCUUCGAGCGAAAUGGCCGGUCAUCACAGGAGAAACCAUGAGCAGUCUGACGAUUCAAUUUCAGACCAAGCUUGCACACGCUGUCGAGAGCGUAAGAUCCGGUGUGGGCGGGAGCUUCCUCAAUGCAACAACUGUGAGCGAGACGACAGUGUGACAUGCAUAUACCAAAAUCCUACGAAAAGAGUGAAUCAUCUGAAGUCGCUGUUUGACAGCGUCAAUAGACUCAACGAGCGGUUGGAUGGCAUAGAGUCACACCUCAGCCGUCUAUCUACCAACAUCGCAGAGAACACAAAUCAGUAUAGCUCUCGUUCCACGCCAUCGGACCAGCACGUCCCCGUGGGUGGCGAUCCUGAGGAAGAGGAUGAUGAAACCCGCCCAGGGAGUCUAUCCCCUUCCAGUGAUAGAUCGGAUGACCUGCACGUCUUUCACCAUACCUCGGAUAUGGUCGAUCACUAUCAUGGACCAUCAUCACUGUUCGUCCUUUGCAAGCGGUUCGAAUCUUGUGUCAUCGCUGCGAAACGUGCUGAUCAUGGCACUCCCCUGUACAAUGUCUUACAGAAUCUUUGCAAGAAGGCUGGUUCUCUGGAGCCAUUUCCGCCCUUUGGGGGCAAGUCCGUCAUCAACCUUCUGUCUCAACAACAAGCGAAUAUCGUCAUCGGCCAAUUUGUUCAACGCCUCAGCUGUACAACUGAUAUCUUCGUCAAGAGUAAUCUGCUUGCUAAUGUCGAACGGCUUUACUCGGGAGUAGCAGAGUCGGGAGAAGAUGUAUGGGCCAUCUGCUUACAGGUCAUCACUGUGCUUGUGUGGGGUACAGAGAUUACUACCCAAUACGGGAAUGGUGUAUUCGGCGACUUUGCACGCUCGUUCCUUCCGAGCCGGGCCGCGCUCGUCAGUUCUAGUUUGCUGACCACACCAAAACUUAUUAACGUCCAGACAUUGAUACUCUUGAGUGUCGCAGCACAACAGUUCGACCCGCCUGGGUGGGCUGAAUUCAUCUUCUCCAGUGCUUGCGGGCUUGCAAGAACGAUGGGACUUCACCAAACGCAACUCUUCCCUGGAGAUACCAGUGGUUAUGAAGCAAUAGAGCGGUCGAAAGUCUUGCAGUCAUUAUAUGUUCGGGACAAGAGCUUGUGCACUGCUCGAGGUGCUGUGUCAUGGCUGCCAACGAACGACUGCGUCAUCGCUCACCAGAUAAGCGCUGCUAAUGAUCAGGGUCCCUACUCUUCCGCACUCCAACUGGCCAUGAUUCAAGACCAAGCUUACAGCUUGGCGCAUACUGCUGCGUCUAGGAUAAGCAAAGCCAGCAAAUUGCGUACUACCAAGAUCGUACGAUCUGUCGAGCACCGGCUGACGCAGUAUGAACGAUCGUUCGGCGUCCUCGACCGCCAAGCUUCAUCAUAUAGUUCGAAUCACGCUAUUCUGGCAUUAGAGUUCCUGGCCACCCGAAUCCUUGCGCUGCAAUACGGCUCCGAGCAGAGACAUGCCGAGCAAGUGCGAUUGGAUGCCAGAACAAGCUGUCUCUUGUUGUUGAUAGCACAUGGAACUCAAGACCGUGAAGUUUUGGAUGCUUUCAACGCUCGACCUGGUCAGACUAGUAACAGCUUGGACGGGGGCGGGCACCUAAAUGAAAUUGAAUCCAGGACGGUUUCUUUGACUAGUAUAUUGGAUGCCUUUUCAGUACCGGCAUUCUUUAUUUUACUCGAAGACCAUUUAAGGCACUCAGAAAACGACAAAUGUUCUGAUGCCGAUCUCCGGUUGCUACGGAGAGUCUCGACUUGUUACAACAAAGGCACGGAGAAGAUGCAGUCCAGCAGCUACCAUCGAAGAGUCUCAUGCAUUUUCGAACAGCUUCUUACAAUCAAUGAUUUGAUAACAGGGCCUCCCACACACGACCAUUCAGUAUCCUUUGAUACAACAGAACCUAUGUCGCAGUUAGUCUUGUCUCUGAACACGCAGACCCAAGACGAUCUGGACGUCUCCCCACCACACUCCCUAGGCGACGGCUCGAGCCUUUCAUCUCUUUCACAGUUUGCGACUAAUCCACACACACCCUUCUCUUGGGACUUGGGAUCGUCUAUACCAUCCUCAUUGGAGAUGUACGCACCUGUCAGCUCUGCAGGUCUUGGCGACACGUUGGAACAUGGCAUGAUAGAUCUGUUCAGUCAAUUUAGACAGGGGAGCCCCAUCGAUAACUCCGGGCAAUUCAUCUCUUUGUCUGAAAUCAGUCCAAACCAAAACGCAACAAGAAAGCGUCCCAGACCUCUCAACGACCUGGAUUUCACGACAGAGGACAAUAGGCACCUUAAAUGAAUUAUAAUUCUGAACCGAUAUAGGCCUAUCGGACUUAUAUAGAUUUGCCCUCGCUAAUUUUGUGACUACUAAGCUCGAAAGUU